CAUGUCAAUUACCUAUUGUAAAAAACAAGAAAUAUCUGAGAAGGUGGAUUCUGAGAUUAUUUUGUGUUUAUAUAUUUAAUCUCAUUGGAAAGUUAUAUUUCGAAAAUGAAUAGAAUAUUCGGAAGAGGAAAACCUAAAGAACCAGGUCCUAGUAUAGCAGACUGUAUUAGUAAUGUUGAUAGUCGAGCUGAUAAUAUUGAGCAAAAGGUUCAAAAGUUAGAAACCGAGUUAAGAAAAUACAAAGAUCAAAUGGCCAAGAUGCGAGAAGGCCCUGCGAAAAAUAACGUAAAACAAAAAGCUAUGAGAGUCUUGAAACAGAAAAAAAUGUAUGAACAACAACUAGAGAACCUCAGGAACCAGUCAUUUAACAUGGAACAGGCAAAUUAUGCCACACAAACCCUUAAGGAUACACACACUACUGUAGCGGCAAUGAAAGAUGGUGUUAACCAGAUGAAGAAGGAAUUCAAGAAGAUAAAUAUUGAUACCAUCGAGGAUGUCAAUGAUGAGUUGGCGGAUAUGCUGGAACAAGCGGAUGAAGUGCAAGAUGCUUUGGGACGUCAGUAUGGUGUGCCAGAGAUUGAUGAUGAUGAACUGGCCGCAGAGCUUGAUGCACUUGGUGAUGAAAUCGCUUUGGACGAUGACUCAUCAUAUUUGGACGAUGUAGUCAAAGCUCCAGCAGCACCAGACAGGGAACCAGGAGCGGACAGUAUCCGCAACAAGGAUGGAGUGCCUGUGGAUGAAUUUGGUCUGCCUCAAGUGCCAAGUGCGGCACAAACGACACGCUGAUAGUUUGUUCAGUAAGUCUUACCUUUGUCUUGAUACAGGUAUUAAACUAAAUACGUCUGUCUACUAUCAUUAAGUGUAGACAUGAAUAUUAGUGGUUGAAUAAAACAAUUACUUUUGAAUGUUGGCAUACAAUGAAAACACCAUAUUCAAUGACUUGUUUGACAAGUUUUAUGUCAACCUCACAACUAAUACAUGCUUUAUGUAAACCAGAAGAGUUAUAAGCAAUGCCUCUUAGCUUUUACACUUUCACGUU